AUGGCUCAUGAUCCAGAGCUGCAGCUUGGACAGUCCAAGCGCUGCGAGGAAACGUGCUACCUCCCUCACCUGGGCGCGCGCCCUGGGAGCCACCAACUCUCCCCGCAGUCGGCUCGGACUACCUGGACCGCCCGGCCGGUCCCUCGCCCCGCCACCCGCUUGGCUUUCCCUUCCUCCUCCUCUUCCUCCUCCUCCGGCCCCCCGCCUCCGGCCGCCAGCCUCCGCGGCUGCCGCCUGCGGCUUUGUUUUCCUCCCAGGUUUCAUUCCCCACACGUGAUACAGUGUUUUUGCAAAGAGCGCUUCGGAGCGCGAGCGCGGGGCGCGCGCACCUAUAAAUACGGACACCGGGGCCCGAGAGGGCCCGGGACAGAACCCCCAGGCUGCUGGCGGGCGGGCAGACGGCCAGCGAGCCAGCGAGCCGCGCGCGUGGGCCGGAGCGGCGGCGCCCCCCGCCCGAGCACCGAGGGGCAAGCAUGGCCCGCCCGCUGGGGGGCCGGGCCGCCGCGCACGCCGCCCGCGCCCCGCGCCCUGCCCAGCCCGGGUCACCGGCGCUCGCGCCCGCCGCUUAGCACUCGGGCGCCGCUCGCUUCUCGGGGCAUCGCGGAAAUAUCGCCGCAGACGGACACAAUGGCGGCGACUGCCGCCACCACGGCCGCCACCGCCGGCAAGGCCGUCCGCAGCAGCAGCAGCAGCGCCGGCACCGUCGCCGCGGGCACCAGAAGAUUGCAGCAGCCGCCACAGCAGCAGCCUCAGCCCGCGGCCGCCGCGCCGGCCCAGCCGCCGCCGCCGCCGCCGCCGCCCGAGCCCCCCAGGAAGACCCGCAUGGACCCGCGGCGCCGCCAGGCUGCCCUCUCCUUCCUCACCAACAUCUCGCUGGACGGACGGCCGCCCCUGCAGGACGAGGAGUGGGCCGGCGGUGAGGAGAGCGGCGCGGCCAAGCCGGGCGCAGGCAGCGCCUACGGCGCGAGGACGCGGCUCAGCCUGCUCGCCGCCGCCGAGCGGGGCGGUUGCGGCGCGCUCGCCGCGGCGGGCACAGCGGCGGCGUUGGCAGCUGGAUCGGGCCCCUGCCAUCCGCCGCCCUCGCCGCUGCCGACCCUGAUCCCCGGCGGCCACGCGACCGUGCUUGGCCCUGGGGCGGCCCGAGGGUUCGCGAGCCCCCUGGGCGCGGGCCGGGCAUCGGGGGAGCAAUUGCAGCCGCCCCGGCCCGCGCCUCUCGCCGCCUGCGUUCAGCCGCAGCUGCCCGACGGGCCCGGGGGCGCCGGGCAGGAGGAGUUGGAGGAAGACGAUGCCUUUACCAGCGUGCAUGUGCCGGCGGCCGCCUUCUUGGGCUCCGGGACCCCCGGGAGUGGGAGCGGUAGUCGUGGCCGCCUCAACUCUUUCACUCAGGGAAUCCUGCCGAUCGCCUUCUCCAGGCAGACCUCGCAGAACUACUGUUCCCUGGAGCAGCCGGGCCAGGGGGGCAGCGCCAGUGCCUUCGAGCAGCUGCAGAGGUCCCGACGUCGCCUCAUCUCCCAGAGAUCGUCCUUGGAGACCCUGGAAGAUAUUGAGGAGAACGCUCCUCUACGGAGAUGUCGUACUCUCUCAGGUUCGCCCAGACCAAAGAACUUUAAGAAGAUUCAUUUUAUCAAGAAUAUGCGGCAACACGAUACCAGGAAUGGCAGAAUAGUCCUUAUCAGUGGCAGAAGAUCCUUCUGUAGUAUAUUUUCAGUGCUGCCGUAUCGUGACAGUGCCCAAGUUGGGGAUUUGAAAUUGGAUGGAGGGAGACAGUCAGCAGGAGCCAUGAGCCUGAAAGAGAUCAUUGGCCUGGAAGGCGUGGAGCUGGGCGCUGACGGGAAGACUGUUUCUUAUACCCAGUUUCUGUUACCCACGAACGCCUUUGGAUCGCGGAGAAACACCUUAGACUCCAUGUCCGCCUUCUCCCAGCUCCGUACCCUGAGCCACCGCAGCCUCUCCAUCGGCCGGGCAAGCAGCACCCAGGGGAGCCUCGACACAGGUAGCGACCUGGGAGAGUUUAUGGACUAUGACCCGAAUCUCCUGGACGACCCCCAGUGGCCUUGCGGCAAGCACAAACGAGUUCUGAUCUUUCCUUCGUACAUGACCACAGUGAUCGACUACGUGAAGCCCUCGGAUCUCAAGAAGGACAUGAAUGAGACCUUCAAGGAGAAGUUUCCUCACAUUAAGUUAACACUCAGCAAAAUAAGGAGCCUGAAGCGAGAGAUGCGGAAGCUUGCCCAGGAGGACUGUGGCCUCGAGGAGCCCACGGUGGCCAUGGCAUUUGUCUACUUUGAGAAGCUCGCCCUCAAGGGAAAGCUAAACAAACACAACCGGAAGCUUUGUGCCGGCGCGUGCGUGCUCUUAGCAGCCAAAAUUGGAAGCGACCUCAAAAAACAUGAAGUCAAGCAUUUAAUUGACAAGCUGGAAGAGAAGUUCCGGCUGAAUAGACGAGAACUGAUUGCCUUUGAGUUCCCGGUGUUGGUGGCCUUGGAAUUUGCACUUCAUCUGCCGGAGCACGAAGUCAUGCCCCACUACAGACGCCUGGUCCAGAGCUCCUAGCACAGGCCUCCUAGGAGGGCCGGGACCACUUCCCCUGAGCUCACUGGGGCAGUGCGUACUACUGGAAAUGCAAAAAUAGAACUCAACGCAGCAAAUUUUUCUCCACUCGACAUGUUUUUGUGCAGAAGCAGCAGCAGAAACUUUUCAGGGAGUCUUCCAUCUGGCCAGCCGAGAUGGGCUGUGA